CAGGCCGGCAGAUCCAAUUUGUUUUUAAUCACAGAAAAAUAUGUUGCAAAAACGAAAAGGAAAGUAAAUUAAAUCUUUAAAACCAUUUAAAGUUUUUCAUUGUACUUCCAAACAUGGAAAAGCGGCAGAGGGAACUAGAGGCUCUGGUGUCUAGCCAAAAGGAACAAUUAAAUCGCUACGAGAAGCGACUGAAAGACGUGGUCACUGCAUAUAAGGGUCUCCUAAAGGAGAAGGAGGCACUAGAGACCAGCUUGGUAGCACAUGCAGAGGCCACUGCGGGUGUGGGGGACACCGAGUCUUCGACUAAGUCCACAAAGGCAAAUGACAUUUCAGGGGAUUCCACAACGAACGAUAACGAAGAAGAAGAUACUGCAACUAGGCAAACUGCUGCCCGUGCCUCUUCAUCAUCUGAGAGUCAAUUGCAGACACAAAUUAUUACGCUGAUGAACUCAUUGGCCACUCUGUCGGCCGAGAAAUCCCGCAUGGAAGCUUCCUUUCAAGCAGACAAGAAGCAGUUGCGCUCACAAAUUGUCCAGAAGGAACAGGACAUUCGCGAAAUGCAACUACAGGCCAAGGACCUGGUAAGCCGAGCGAAGGGCGAUGUGGAUGAGGUAAAGGCCAAAUGGAUUAUUGAACGACAAGAGCGAGAAAAGGAAACCAGCAAUCAAAUGCUCAUGAUACGUGAGCUUCAAAAACUGUAUGCCGACGAGCGUCAUCUUAAGGAGAGUAUUGAGAUGCAGUUGAACAACUUCAAGACACAAUUCGCCAGCAAUGAAGCGGAAAAUAAACGAUUGACAGAGCUCCAAUUCCAGCUGAAAGAAGCCAAAGAUCAGCUUAAAGUCAGCCAGGCCAAAGUGCAAGAAGCCAACACCUCUUCCACCACCGCUUCGGAUCAUGCUUUAGUCCUGCAGCAAGUGAGCCAGGAGAUGCAGCAACUAAAAGAUCAGCAUGCCGAGGCCAUUAAACAGGAGCAACGUCGUGUGUUAAAAGCUGAAGAACAGAGCCGGCGCCAAGCCGCCUUGCAUGAGCAACGUGUGGCCAAUCUGGAGGCAAGGCUGGCCGAACUCAGCAGCACUGUGGGCAGCUAUGAUCGUUUAAGGCAGCAGGAUCAGGAUAAUAUCUAUGCCUUAAAGAAACAACUGAUGGAUAUAAAUCCUACCCAAACAACGACUCAAACAACAAAAAAAGAGGACGACCUGGAUAUGCCAACGCUUGUCGAUGAACUAGUGCGUCUCAAGAAGCUUCUAGUGACGGCAAAUUCACGCUCUGCAAAUCCCUUGGAUCUAAGCCAAGUGUUGACCCUCUCGGCAUCUGCCUCAGAGAAUCAUGUUCAGUGCGAGCAACAGCUUCAGAGUGUCCAGCAACUGUUGGACACAUCCAUUAAGCAGCGUCAAUUAUUGGAGCAAAAGUGUGAAUUGCAGCAAUCGCACAUUCAAACGCUUCAGGAGAAAGUGCAAGUCCUGAAUCGCAACAUAGACGAAGCGGAGCAGGAGCUGAAGCAUCAGGGAGAGAAGCUACGCAUGUCCCUAAAACAGGAGCGAUCCAAAUGGCAGGAGGCCAAAGCAGAACUGGAGAAUGAAACUCGUUGCAAGCUCAACGAAUUGGAACAAUUGUUGCAGAAACAGCGACAACGUUCACUUCAACUUUUGGACGAGAAGGAACAGGAGAUAAAGACAUUGAAAACAUCGUUUGAGGUCUUCCAUCACCAGGGAGUCGGCGUGGGGGCAGGAGAUCCCACCACUCCCUCUGUCUCUUUGGAGCCAGGCGUAGAAACUGUCUUCAAUUACUCCUCGGAUGCGGAUAGUGUCGAGGGUGAGCGGAAAGUAAAGUCCAAGAAGCUUUCUCUAAGUGACAAUUGCCACAUGCUGCACUAUGCAAACGAAUUGGCCCGCAAGGACAUUGAAAUCUCUAGCCUAAGAAAGGCGAAAUAUUCCAUAGAAUCCACAUUACGCAAAGCCAUCCAAGAUAAGGUUACAUCCCAGCAGGAAAUGCAUGAGAAAAUUGAAUGUCUUGAAGAACAGGUAGACAGGCUAGAGCGAUGUCAGACCCGGGAAGGAGCCAAUCUGGAGUACCUGAAAAAUGUCAUUAUUAGCUAUAUAGUGACCAAGGAUUUGGAUGGCAAGCGGCAUAUGCUGAAUGCCAUUUCAGCGGUCCUACAAUUCACGCCCAGCGAAAUGCAAGCCAUUCAAGCCACAUUCCAAAAGAAAUAACAAAUCAAAUCCUUUCAUAAAGUUUAAUGAAGUAUCAGAUACAAUUCCAUUAAUCUUAACCAAACGAUUGUCUUCAUUUUGGUUUGAAAAUUUGUUAAAAAUGUUUUCAAGUUUUAUUUAAAAUGUAUAUGAAUAUAUAAUGUUAAAUGAUUUAAAACGAAAGAGAAAGCAAAUUUAAAAGAAAAUCAUAAAGUAUACUGAAAUUGA